AGGGGGGUAUUAACGGACAGAUCUGGGGCUGCGGUGGGAUGCCAGUGUCUGAGAACCGGUGGACAGCUUCACAUACUUCCUCCAGGAGCAGAUCCGAGGCCCAGGAUACUUGUGAAUUAGCGGAGCUGGUUUCGCAUCAAGGAUGAAACUACCCAUGAAGUCGCACUAAUCUUGCAUCUCCGGUCUUUCUUUCUAACCUGUGGAGAAGCGCACUCCCACCCCAUCCUACUGGCACCUGUUGACAGCCCUUUGUGGUGGAUAAGACCUCACUUCCCUCGCCGAGAAGACAGAAGGCCGAGGUCAGAGCGAGGCCGGGGAAGAGACACGUGCGCUGCCUCCGUGUGAGCCCGGUGCCCAUGGCCCGGGAGUGGGCCCGGACCCACCGCCGCCCCCGCAGCUGCGAAGACCAAGGCCAGGAUGAGUGACCUGCCCGGCGCCCCCCGCUCGCCCGACACCAGAUUCUGAGCCGGCCCUCUGGACUCUAGCCCGGUGUGCUGUUUCUCCGUGGCCACGUGCGCCGACAGGGUUCCAGUCCCCCUCCUUCCUCCCAGGAUGUGAAACGGGCAGAAAAAUAAAGCAUCGCCUUUCCGCACGUCCCUCCCCGUCUGCUAGAAUGUUUCUCAUGAACGCCCCUCCUGUGGUUGCUCUCCAGUCCAAAUGGGAGGCCUUCGGCACGCCGGGCUUUAGGUUUCCCGGGUGCUUCUCAGAGCCACACGAGGGCGACUCGGGGGCUCCGGUGAGGGCCCAGGUGCAGAUGGUCAUCAGCGCGCUGAGGGGCGACGAGGCUGCUCUGGGCAUGAGCGAUGAGCUUGCCCUGCAGAGGAGCCAGAGGCCGGAGAAAGGCCGGGGCGCCAGGCUGGCCGCCUGCGCACUUGCCGCAGAUUUCGUCCCCUCCAGGAAGGAGGACGCUGCAGACUUUGGGCCCCUGGGGCUGGAUUCAGACAGUGACGAUUCUGUGGACCGGGACAUUGAAGAGGCGAUCCAGGAGUACCUCAAGGCCAAGAGCGGGGCCACCCGGCCGCCCGGGGCCGCGGAGGGGGGCCAGCGGUGCAGACCAGAGGCUCCUCGGAGCGGCACCCCGACUGCCCCGUGUCCCCCGAGGCUCACACUGAGCUCAAGGGGCAGUCGCGUGCAGGCCGGUCAGGCCCAGGGCUCCGCCUCCCCGGUGAGCGUCAGCAGUGAUGACUCCUUCGAGCAGAGCAUCCGGGCCGAGAUAGAGCAGUUUCUGAACGAGAAGAGACAGCAUGAGACCCCGAGAGGUGACGAAUCCGUGGACACAAAGCCAGACCCCAGCGAUAAUUCCGCCAGGUCGGCCUUCAGAUCCUGCAAAGAGCAGCCGGUCAAGGCGCAUCCUCGGCAGGAUGUGACCGGAGCCUGCAGGGAUUUUGUCUUCCGGAAACCCCCCAGGCUGUCAAAGGUGAGCACGCGGCCCCGAGGCCUCCGGUCUAAGGCUGCUGCAGAGCUGGAGCGCCCGGAUGGUGUGAAGUCAGCCGCCUCCAGCCGGCCGGCAGAAGCAGCCCAGAAUAAAGGGGCCAUCAGGAGGAGAGCCGGCCGAGGAAGGAGGCUGAAGCGAGCCAAGAGCGCAGCCCUGGUGCCCGAGGCGUCCGGCUCCAGCAGUGACGACGGCAUUGAGGAGGCCAUCCAGCUCUACCAGCUGGAGAAGAGGAAGGAGGCGAGCGGAGACCCACCGCCAAGAGGGCCCUGCGCCGAGGGGAAGGGGCCCGAGCCCCCCGCCCGCAGCACAGGCCACUCCGCUAAAGCUGCCUUGCCCGAAACCCCCCGGAGAACACCAAGCAGAAAGAAGCCGGCGGCCCCAAAAGCUGUGGACCUCGGCCCAGGCGGCCCUGACCCUGACUCCCCCUCCAAGCCUCCCAGGGAACCCAGGGGCGCCAAAGACGCGCUUGUGGAGCGGCCGCCGUGCCGGGCGGAAACGGCCACCGAGCUGAUGUGCGCGGAAGCAAUCCUGGACAUUUCCAAGACGAUCCUGCCAGCCCCCGGGGGGGGCAGCAAGAGCCCACCGCCUGCCAGCCCGCCCUCCUGCCCCCUAGCCCUGCCUGCCCGCUCCGACGGGGACAGCAGCUCUGUGGACAGCAAUGACAGCAUCGAGCAGGAGAUCCGGACAUUCCUGGCGCUGAAGGCUCAGUCGGAGGGGUGGCUGGCCACAGCGGAGAGCCGCCCACAGUCUACACAGAGCCCACCGCCGUCGCCUGGCCCAGGGGCCCCUGUCUCCAAAUCGCUGGGCCUGUCGCUGAGCUGCAGGAGGAAACGCAGAGGGGGCAGCAGCGCCGUGCGGCCGUCCACGCCCAAGAGAACACGAGAGCUGGUGCAGGAGGGUGGCCCGGCCGCAGACCAUGGCCCCGGGGACAUGCAGCCCGGCCAGGCCCCCAGGACAGAGGGCGAGGCCAGGGGCCAGCCCCUCUCCUCCAGGCCGCUUGAGCUGGGCGGCCAGCACGGUGGCCCCGAUGCGAGGGGCGGCGCGUGGCCCAGCCGUGGGAAGGCGGCCGCGGUGAGGACCGCCGGUGGGAAGGGCAGCUCGGAGGACAAGAGCAGCUCGCUGGACAGUGACGAGGACCUGGACGCCGCCAUCAAGGACCUGCUUCGGUCCCGGCGCAGGCUCAAGAGGAGGUGGAAGGACCCCAGGGUCACAUGCAAGAGGAAGGUCAGGUUCAGCACCACCGAGACCCAGUUCUUGGAUAAACUAGGUGGCCUCCAGAAGGACUGGAAGGACACAAGCCCUCAUCUGUUGAAGAGUUGCCUCUCCAAGUCCAAGACGGACAGCAGGGAGAACCUGGUGAAAAAACCUUUGAGCGUCUUCUGCAGAGAAGCGGGGCGAGCGCGGGCAGACGGCACGGGCCCCGCGGAGGCACCCCUGGUUCUCGAGCUAAGGGGAAAAGCCUCCGAAGGGAACUCCUGCUGUGGGGACACAGAAGCCUGUGACCUUGAAGGCGCAGCAGGCCCCAGCCCUGGGCCCCCGCCUGAGGACAGCAGCUCCGUGGACAGUGACGACAGCAUCGAGCUGGAGAUUAGAAAGUUUUUGGCUGAAAAGGCCAAGGAGUCUGGGAACAGUUCAGAAGCCCCGGGCGGGGGCCCCACUGCCCCGGGGACACGGAGCAUGCCCAGGCCUGAGCUGCCAUGCCGGAAGGGGCCUGUACCCGCCCUGGCCCUUCAGCCUGACGUGUGUGCACGGAGCCAGCGGGGCAGGGGGGACCCGCAGCCAGCCGGGGGCCCUGGGGGCACAGGGAGGGCCUUCCUUCCCGGCGGGAGGAGUGGCCCCCAUGUGGAGCAGGCCUGCCUCCCUGGGGCCCUGGCCAGGCACACAGGCAUGGCCGGGGCCCUGUCCGCCAAAGGGUCAGCUGCAGAUCGGAGACACAUUUGUCCUCACAGAGAGCAGAGCCCUCGAGGGGCCGAGCGUGCCAGAGACCAUGCUCUUGGCCCGCUGCCCGCUCGUGUUGAAGCUGGCGUCCGGACAGAGAGCCCCAGCGUGGCCUCUGCUGUGCCCCCACAGGGCCUGAACCCGCGGACUCGGAAGCCGGGAGCCGACAGGCUGGGGGGCCCCCAGGCCAGUCUCUCCCUCCCGUGGGCCGACUUCGCUCACCAGAGUCGGCUACAGAGUGCAUGGGCACUGAGCCCAGAAGGCAGAGAAGCUGUGUGGAGAGGGGGCCUUGGGGGCCCAAGAGACCAGGGCUCAGAGGGCCAGGACCCCAAGAAAGGCCUGCCCUUCGCAGGCUUCUCCUCACUGCUGUCCACACAGUUGUUCCACUUUGGAAAGAGCGUGCCCUGGGGGGGCAGGCAGGCCGGUGUCUUCAGCCCGCCCCUCAGUCUGCCCCUGCAGGGCCCGGCCUUCUCGGCCUUCAGAGAGACGCCGACGGGCCACAGCCCCGUGUUUGGAAGCUCGCACCUGCUCCCGAAGAAGGAAGGUGGACGCUGGCCCAGCCGGAAGUCCCCAGCGGCGUGCACCCUGCACGCCAGGAGGAACUCAGGCUCUGAGGACGACGUUGUAGACCUGAGGUACAGGCGCAGGGCCAUCGGUGGAGAGGACGAGACCCAGGAGGCCUCGGGCAGUGACUCGAGCGAGCUCAGUGACACGUCCGUGGAAGAGAGCAGCGGCCCGGUGGCCAAGGGCAAGGCCCUCCAGCCCUGAGGACACUGGCUCUGUCCUUGAGGGCGGCCUGUGUGCACGCCGCUGCCAGCCUGGAACAGAGACCGGAAGCCCCUCAGCGCGGCCCUGUGCCUGCGUGCACCAGCGGGGAGCGGUGGUGGUAUUUCACAGGUGUGUCCCGGAAGAUAGGAUUUUUGUAGCAUUUUUGUAAAUUAUUUAAAGCGCUGUAAAAAAUAUUUUUGGAAAAUACUGUUGUUCGAUUUCGUAGGGCAUUCCUAACUGCAGCUCUCUGUGGUCUGCGUGUGGUCUUGGGGUCGCGGGCCCUUGGCUCAGCCGUCGGACCAGGGCUCUGGUGACCCUGACCGUCAGUCCGCCGUGGCUGGCAGAGCAGCAGUGGAUGCCCGCCCUGAGCGUCACAGAAACGGCCCCAGGGCCUCAGGAAGCUCCCGGACACCGAGACACAAAGGCCCCUGGUCCCCCAAGGCCAGGGCGAGUCCUCUGAACGCUGCGGUUGCAGCCUCCAUGGGAGAACUUUUCAAAGCACAAAGGCGAGCAGACGGACCAGCCGUCCCCUGUUGCAUGUGGACAUGGCCCUCGGCGCCACGCCCGAGCCUGUGUUGUUCCACGUCCAGCCCCGUUCCGUCCCUGUGUGUUCCAAUGCCCAAUAAAGCCCUUUUUCUAUGAGAA